GGAGCGGCCCCUCCUCCAGGCCAGGCUCGCCGCGGGGCGCUGAGCAGGCCGGGACAGCGCGGCCGAGGUUAUCGUUAGGCAUCUCCCAGGCGACCGGCUCCGCAGCAAGAUGGCGGACGAGAAAGACAGGCAAGAGAUAAUAGUAGCAGAAUUUCACAAAAAAAUCAAGGAAGCAUUUGAAGUGUUUGACCAUGAGUCGAAUAAUACAGUGGAUGUGAGAGAGAUUGGAACAAUUAUCAGGUCAUUAGGAUGCUGCCCUACUGAAGGAGAGCUGCAUGAUCUGAUUGCAGAGGUAGAAGAAGAAGAACCCACUGGAUACAUUCGAUUCGAAAAAUUUCUUCCAGUGAUGACGGAAAUGCUACUAGAAAGGAGAUACAGACCAAUUCCAGAAGAUGUCCUUCUUCGAGCUUUUGAGGUUUUAGAUUCAGCUAAACGUGGGUUUCUUACUAAGGAUGAACUGAUCAAGUAUAUGACUGAAGAAGGGGCACCUCACUCUGAGAUGGCUGCUUUAGAGAAUCUUCCCAGGAAAGGCCCUUUGGGAAAAACGAUGUAAAGUAUAAAAUACUCUAACAAUUACUAGAGUGGCUCCCAAGCAAUAGAUACUAAAGAGAAAUUGGAAAAUGCCAGUAAACAAAAAAGAAGAGGAAAACACCUUCAUUCCACAAAAGUUACCCACCCUUACGAAUGCUUUGCUUCAUCUCUUCUGAAAGCUUUUUCCAGGGAUGUGUCUCUCUAUAGAACUUCUUUAAAAUAUCACUGUGGAACCUAUUAGUUAGGGUCCUUGACCAUGAGGACAGAAAGCAGGACUCACUGGAAGGCAUCUGGGCUGAGGAAGGGGUGCUUACAGAGCCUACAGGAGACUGGGCCACCAGGCUCAGGCUAACAGGAGCCAAGGGGGCAUCUGAGGGCAAAGAAGCAUGGUGUAAGAGGAUAGCAAACAUCACAUAACCGGAACAGCCCGUCCAGGGCCGCUGCUGCAGGGGAUAGCUUUGCACUGCUUCAGGUUCAGGGCCUGCAAGACACAACCCGCUGAGCUGAGCUCAGUCUGGCCUGGGCAGGUAAGGACGGACCUUGCUUCUAGGCAGCCAUGUGGAAGGCAGGAAUCCUCCAACCACCAGCUACACCCCACUGGAGGAAGAAAAUACUCUGCUAAGAAAUCAGGGUACUACUGGGGAAGAGAAAUAGAUAAAUAACAAACAUGACAAUACUACAGGAUCAGACCAUAUAUGCUAUGAUGUAAUCUGCUAUUUUAAGUGAAUACAUAAUGAACACUCUUUCCAUGAUAAUGUAUAUUCACCUAAAACAUAACUUUGACUGGAUAGUAUCUAAUUGUUUGGCUAUACCUUAAUUAAUUAAUUAAUUAAUUUAGAGACAAGUCUUGCCGUGUCACCCCAGCUGGAGUGCAGAGGCACGGUCAUAGCUCACUCCAGCCUCGAACUCCUGGCCUCAAGCAAUCCUCCCACCUUGGCCUCCCAAAGAGCUGGGAUUAGAGCCACCACACCUGGCCUAUUAGUUCCUCAUUCUUAGUAAUUUAAAUACUUUUCAGUUUUCUCUAUUAUAAUAAAUUAAGAUAAACAUCCUACUAGUUAAAUCUUAAUUGUUUGCUUAGAAUACAUUCCAAAAAGCAGAACUGUUGGGCCACCUUUAAAGUAAUGGGGAUCUGUUUUUAAGUCUUUUGCUAACGUGUUUUCAAUCGGUCCUGCAGAAAGAUUGUUCCCAUAUUCUAAACCCUCCCCAGCAUAUUUUUGUUUUUUAUUUUGCAAUUAGUUAGGGAAAAAUAGUAUCUUACUGAUCUUUUAAAAAUUUGCAUUCCAAUGAUAACUGGAACUUUCUCAAGGCCCACAGCAAUGUACUGACGGAUUCCGUUGGGUUAGCUCCAGGAAGCACCAAAUCCGAGCCUCACAGAUGGUUUCUUCAGAUAGAAACAAACCCUUCGGCUGCUAUGAAAUGGAGCCCACAAAGCACAACAUUACAGGCAGAAUCUGAAUUCCAGAGACAGUUUCUUUCAGAACAAGUAUUAUUUGCAGGAGGCAAUUAGAAUGAGCUACUAUUGCACAGAAGACUUAGCAGGAAAGGUCACAGAUAUUCAAGCAAUAAAAUAGGAACUGGGGAAAUAAGCCUGCAAAAGAAGUGAAGAAUGACCAACACAGGCAGAACGAGGGGCCAACUGGCCGCCUGUGCCCAUGCCAGAAUACCAGCUUCUAAGGCUGUGGAAGCGUUUCCUAAUGCAAUUCAUCUGAAUUCCCACCAUGUGCCAGACACUGUGCUGGGCACCAGAGAUGCCAAAAUGAGUAUGAGACAGAGCCCUUGUCUUUGAGAGGUUUCAACCUCAUGGGAGAGACAGGAAGACCAGUGAUGACACUGAGCGAGAGUUGUUCAGCAAUGUUAGCCAAGUGCAUUGGGGUCAAUGACAGCAGCUGGCUCUGCCUGUGGGACUCAUGGAGGACUUCACAGAGGAAGUGACAGGAUGAACUGCAAAUGUUUUAUGGGCUCACAUUGGCAAUUUUGCUGCCAAUACUGGGUGGGUGAGAAUGUUCUAGAACAAGAUGGCUUGAGGCUACUGCUGAAAUAGCUUUUUAAUAGCAUGGCGUAGGGAAAAGAGUGUGAAUUCCAGCUGUACCAGGUAUAGGAUGUGUGACCUGGGGAAAGUCACGUGAUGUGUCUGUCGUCUGUUGCCCAUCUGUAAAGUGGCAGAAAUUGUAGCUACCUUGUAGGAUUACUCUGAGCAUGAUGGGCUCUCUGCACAUAGGGCUUAGUAAGUGGUAUCUACCAUUACAAAGUGUUGAGUAAAUAUCUGCUGAAUGAAUGAAUAUAAGUAUUUUCUCCAUAUAGUAAAUGUCUUCAAUUAUAUAAGAAGGUUGGGUACAGGUGUUUAUAGGAUGUCCGGGAGUAAGGAAGUCCAUUUUCCUAAACUUGUGACCUCAGGGACUUCAUGGAAAGGGUGUACAUGUCAUUUUAAGUUCAUUCAUUCAAUAAAAUAUUUAAUUAGUGA